GAAGAAGCGGGAGGCGGGAGCUUGAGCAGCGGCGGAGAAUUUGAAAACAAGAUGGCAGCGACAGAGGCUGGAGGGGAGGUUGAUAGAGGAAUUAGCGGUGAUGCUCUCUGCCGCAUUGUUAUCUGUAAUGACGCUUCCCUUCGAAGCCAACCAGUUAUAUACAACCCAGAUUUUUUUGUGGAAAAACUGCGUCAUGAGAAUCCAGAAGUUUUCACCGAGCUAGUGGUCAGUAACCUCACAAGAUUAAUAGACCUCCCAGGUACAGAGCUUGCACAGUUAAUGGGAGAGGUAGAUCCGAAACUUCCAGGGCAUAAUGGCGCAGCCUCCUCCUUCUUUAGGUCUCUGAACUUCCUCAAGCGUAAAGAAAAAGGAAUAGUAUUUGGAGCACCUUUGACAGAAGAAGGAAUUGCACAGAUUUACCAGCUUAUUGACUAUCUACACAAAAAUCUGCGCACUGAGGGAUUGUUUCGUAUUCCAGGGAACAGCAUUCGGCAACAAAAUCUUAAAGACUUGCUCAAUAGUGGGAUGGAUAUUGAUGUUGAGUCUGGAGAGUUUCAUCCUAAUGAUGUAGCCACUUUACUGAAAAUGUUUCUGGGUGAAUUGCCAGAGCCACUGCUGACACACAGGCAUUAUAUUGCUCAUUUAAAAAUUGCAAACCUAAUGCUUUUCGAUGCGAAGGGUAAUAGGACAGGAGUACCAGAUAAAGAGCGACAGAUCGAGGCAUUGCAACUUCUUUUCCUGCUUCUCCCAUCACCAAACAGAAAUCUACUGAAACUGCUGCUGGAUCUUCUGUAUCAGACAGCCAGAAAACAAGAUCGCAAUAAGAUGUCUGCCCAUAACCUUGCGUUGAUGUUUGCGCCUCAUAUAAUAUGGCCUAAAAAUCUUACUGCAAAUGACCUUCAGGAACAUUUAAUAAAGCUGAACAAUGGAGUGACCUUUAUGAUCAAACAUUCCCAGAAACUUUUCAAGGCACCUCCGUAUAUUAGAGAAUAUGCUCGACUGCACUUCUCUGGCAGUAGGACACCUGCCUCAAAGGAUGAUCUGGAUUUGCUUCCUACUCGAAGUCCCAGUGAAUUCCACUUCCUGAAACAUUCAAAAAGGAGUAGGCUUGGAUCUUCUCCUUCCUCCUCCACAUCUCUCCAGGAACAGACUCAGCAGCACACUGAGGAAGCCUUAAAGGAGUUGUUUCGCCACGUUCACAACAUGCCAGAUUCUGCUAAAAAGAAGCGCCUCAUACGGCAGUUUAACAAGAAUACUCCACGCACCCCUGUCUCUGAUACCCAAGUCCCAAAUGGAAAGAAACAUGUUCGGUCGCGCACUUUUAGUGGGAUGAUUAAGCGCAAGGUUUUGGGCAGCCAGAUGGCCUCUGAAAAGAAAAGCAGAACUAUAACCCCACAGUCAGCCGAUGGCUCAGAAUAUGCCAAAGAAAAUCUAAAAUAUGUAUCUGUAGAUUCUCCUGCAGUUUACUUUACCCGUGCAAAAUUAAAACUGUCCGAGGACUUGCAGAUCAGGAAAGAGGCCUCCAGUAAAUCAAAGAAGAGCCAUCAUAAGUCUACCCAAGAGACAUCCAUUUAACGGAUCCUGAAUUUGUUUUUAUUGAAUUUUUUUUAUGUAUAUAUUAUUUUCCUUUUGUCUUUUUAUUCAACCUGUGGACAAAUGUUACAAAACAAGCUGUGACAUAAAUAAUCCUUGAGUCCCGUAUCACUGGUUGAGAUGCCUUGUAGCCUAUUAACCUGACCGGGACUGUAUGAAUAUUUUAACCAGGAAAAACCACUCUUUAAAAUCCAAAUAUAUGAAUAUUGGAGAACUAAACCCUUCUCAGAAACAUACUAUUUUUACACUGCAUUUGUUUUGUAUUAAGAGGGCUUAAUCCUGUUCUGUAGCUUUUCAUUCCAUUGUGAGAGUGUUGCCUGUUCUCUCACAUAGAAUGUGUCCUUGCUGUAUGGACUUUAAUGUAAGCUUGCUUUUUAUGUUUUAACCUCUGUGUUUAUUGGGAUGUUUUAUCCCUAUUUUAUAUGAACUCUCCCAGUGCCAGCGGGCAAGAAAUGCUUUUAAAAUCCAAUGAGACUAAGGUAAUUGAGGGAUGGUGUGUGGGUGUAUAAGGUGGAUUUUAGAAAAGUGUUUAUAUGAAGGUUAUGUGUUUGCGAUGCAGCAUUUAAGACCGUCUUGGAUUUAGGUUAAUGUCAGGCGAGUUGUAUGUGGAUAUAAUUGUUGGUGUUUUUUAAGCAACAUAUAUGGAGUGUAGAAACAUUUAGCCUAUCGGAAUUGAAUCCCCUUAUGUUUUUAAAUUGUUCACCGUGCAUUCGUCUUAGUAACCAUUUACUCAAAGCUCUUCCUAAAUUUUUGUCUUAUUGAUAUAAUCGGGUGUACGUCUUAGCCACACACUAGAAACGUGUGUCCCAUUAGAGCAAAAUAUUUCCUCCGAUUCUAGAAUGGAUUUCCCAAGCACAGGCCAUCAGCUCAUCUAUUAUGACUUAAGCCUCUGACUUCAGAGGAGCCCCCUGAUAAACAUAGAAAUAUUUUUAGUAUGCGCUUUUGUAAUUUUACUCUUUUUUUGGGGAGGGGCGGGGGGGGGACUGUGGCUCUUAUUCGUCUUUAAAAGGACAAGGACAGUGUUCAUCUACCAAAUUAUAAUUACAGGGGGUUGCCAAUCACUUACCUGAGCCCCCCUAUGCUGCCAUCAUGUUUCCUGCCCCCAGGAUCUGUUUUUCUUUACUGUUCAUGCACACAACUCGUGGCAGCAGCAAGGGAUCCUGGGACAGCAUGGCAUGUGGUUUGAGGUAAUCCAUUAUAAUCACCAGGUGAUGCCUAAUAAUAAAUUUCCUUCUCCUUUCAAUUCUGCCGAAUCCUGAAGGGAUAGGACGGCAGUGAACUAUGCAGAACACUCUUUCUAUAAAAGCCAUAUUUAUUUAGCUCAUAUUGAGCACCAUUGUAAAUUGCCCCUUUAAAUUAGCAUUCCCCCCUCACCUUUUAGGUAUUCCGGUGUGUUUAUUUGGACUUCACAGCCUCUUUGCACUAUGUAUUUAACAGCAACACUCCUUUGGAAAGACCCCUUUUCAGUAUAUAUAAAUAUAUAUACGCUCAAGCUUUCCCUACACAUGAAUACUGUUUUACGGCAUGCUACAGAUAAUCAAACUGUAGCGCAGCACUCAAGGAAUUGGUAACAGUUUUUCAUUUCCAUGUCUUUGAAGUGGCCACUAGUAAGCUAUUUCUUCACUUUGGAAGAUUAAUUCUACUUAUAGAAUGCAGAGAGCUAUGUCUCUUUAAAGAAACAGGCUAGUUUUUUAUACCGUCAAAUGUGAUUUUACCAAGGUUCCCUACAAAUGUUCUUCUAACACUGUAAACCCGUUUGCUUUCAUUAGUAUAUGGGCCCUGGAGAAAUCUCUGUUCUGAUUGGCUGCUACAGGUUACAUGACCAUAGCAUGCCUUAGCUGUGUUUGCGCAUUACCCCCUGUCUAUCCCACAUAGUACCUGAUUGGUGAACCUUUUGAAUCUGUUUCAAGAGGUUGAGCGUCCCUUUAAUGUGAGUGUAAAUGCUGCAUGUAUUCGCUUCACUGCACUCCUGAAAAUCCUCUCUUCCCCUGAAAGUGUGUGCAGUUUAUAUUGUAUAGUUUUCCUCAAUGUUUUAAAUAGGUUUUCUUUUUUAUUUUAAUGUAUAUUUUAUCAGACAACUCAAAUGCAGGUUACACUAGGCUAACUGAAUCCUUAUAGUCUAACCCCUGACUGAAGAG